AUACCGAAAAUUCUCUUGACAAUUCAACGAGCGAGAUUUGUAUUGCUAUGAUCAGCACGAAAUCUUCCGCUUUCUGGUAGCUUUCUGGUCAAUUUUGUGACAAGAAUGCCCGAUCUGAAGAAAAAUACGUAUUUUCCCAAAAGAGAGUGAGAUUUAUUGACGAAUUAUAAUGUUAUGAAGUCAUUAAAAUGGACAAGCUUGUUUCUGUUCGCUCUGGUUUUUUUUCUAAAUUGGUCGCACAGUUAUGGCCUCGACGUUGCCGGUUGUAACAAACUGAGGGAAAUAUGUCGGCAUCGUCUUCAGUGUAAUUUAGAAGUGGUUUAUAAGGAAUGUGGAAAAUAUAUGAAAGGAAAUGAAAUUCAAAAUGAGGAAGGGGACGCGCUACCGCCAAUGUCAUUGGUAAAGGUUUGGCUGUUUUUCCCAGAAGCGCUUAACCCGUAUCACAGGCAGUCAAACCGUGCCAAAAAGAGCCAUUUGCUGGUAGAAGAUGGACAGAAGGAUUCGGUGCCGCCGAUUUCGUUAGUUGAUCAAUGGCCAUUUUUAUCGCAGUCUACAAAGGGCUCAAUCGAUCGAGAAAGGCAUAAAAGCGACAGAAAUGAUCACGUGGAAAGCAACAGACGCAAAGAUGAAAGCGAAGCUGCUAGAGAAUAUAUUGUCGAUGAAGAAGAAUAUGCGAACGAUGAUGAUGUCAGUUUAGAAAGAGUUCGGCGUCUGUUGAAAGACUUUGACGUCAACGGUAAACCGGAGGAUGCGGACGAUGAGAAUAAAUCACAAGAUUUUACUAAAGCAGGUAAAGAUCACGAUGGGAACGAAGAAGAUGAAUGGCAUGCACAUAGCUCAUCUCAAAAUACAAUUUCCAACAAGAAGGAUUACGACAUAUAUCGUUUGAAAACUUUGCAGAAUGAUGAGCAUUUGCAAUACAUUCUUGGUGUUGUUGAGCGUGCAAGAGAGCUGCUGAAGAGAGAUAAUGAUGAAAAUGAUGAUAGCAAAGAGCGGGAGGAGACUGCCGCGCAUCCUGAUGUUCCCAAGAAGGCGUUUGCUAAAGUUUCUGAUCAGCCUCGAAAAGCAAAUAGAGAAUCUAGUCAUGUCGAGGCUGGUUUAUCAUCUGCAUCACCGGAAGAACAUCUGCCUGAAGGAAAACUGCCUAAGAAGAACGAGGAAACACAACCUGUGAUCAGAAAAGAAGCUGUGCAUUCAAAAGAAUUCAAAGAUCAAAACAAAGAGCAUCUGGGAUUCUCAGAGAUUCACCUCGCAGCUGAUUCACAAGCACAGCUGCAUACAGAAAAUGAUAAGGAAUCUCCUGAUGCGAGAUCACAGGUACUCCAAGAUCGAGGCCAAGCAAAUAAGGAGGAAACGCAGAGGCGAGAGCGAGACAACGAAAAAAAGCACUUCUUCCAAUCAGUUCUAAAGGACGACCGCGAUCUCGAUCAAAAUCUGUCUGCAGAUUCGAAGCCAGUGAAGCAAACGUUGACAUUGCAGUUUACUGAACGUGUUAAACCGGAAAAUCUAAAAACAGUUGGCAACCAAGUGCAAAAGGUCUUAUGGGGAGCGAAUUCAAGUCAGCAAAGAAUCUUGACUAGAGCAAAGAUUGAUCCAGACGAUCACAAAAAGGUUCAUUUUCGUGUACAAACACCGCAGGGCAGUUCUAACUCAGGGUUUGAUCCAAGCAUCGUAGCUCACAAAAUUAACACAGACGCGUCUCUAAGAAGCAACAUUUCAAAGGCUACUGGUCUGACCUUAGUUCAAGCCAAGAGUUCUAGAGUUAAUGCAAUUAGGCUACCAAAGGACAAAAAUUGGGACGAAUUCGCAAUAAUCACAGCGAUCGUUGGCGGCUGUACUCUGGGUUUGAUUGUUGCAUCAGUUCUCAUUUGCUCACUUAAAAGGCGGUUUAGUGGCAAGCUUCCAAUAGAACUGCAGAAGAAAGAGGCUCUGAAGGAUUACGAGGAACUCUGUAGAACCCAAAUGGCAGUAAAUGAGACUUCCCCAAGAACAACCAAAGCUAUAAAUGCAGACAGGCAAAGGCAUGGGCUUGUUGACGGCCAAGGAAAAUAUACAAAGAAAACAUGGAGAGAAGAACCAUUCGGUUUCAACAUGGAUAUUUCAACUGGGCAUGUUAUCCUGGCAUACAUGGAGGACCAUUUGAAAAAUGAGGAUAAACUUAGCCAGGAAUGGGAGGCACUCUGUAACUAUAAAGCAGAUCAAGAAGAAACAACUGCUGGUAAAGAUAGCAAAAACACUGGAAAGAAUAGAUACAGCAACGUGCUACCAUAUGAUCACACGAGGGUAAAGUUAAGAGAAACAUCCAACGUUUUCCAUUCGGAUUACAUCAACGCCAACUUCAUCACUGACACAGAUCCGCGCAACCCAUCGUACAUAGCUACGCAAGGACCCCUUGACAACACGGUGGCAGAUUUUUGGCAGAUGAUCUGGGAGCAGGGUGUGGUUGUGAUUGUCAAUUUAACUCGACUGUCAGACAUGGGCCUGCCACAAUGCCACAGAUAUUGGCCAGAAGAAGGGAGCGAAGUGUACAAUAUUUAUCAGGUGCAUCUUAUAUCAGAGCAUAUUUGGUGUGACGACUAUAUUGUCAGAAGUUUUUAUCUAAAGCAUUUAGUGACUCAAGAAACACGGACAAUAACACAGUUUCAUUUUCUGACCUGGCCAGAUUUGUCAAUUCCAGAGAGUGCAAAGCCGCUGUUGGAGUUUAGGAGGAAAGUGAACAAAUGCUACCGAGGGCAGGCCUGUCCGAUAGUUGUUCAUUGCAAUAACGGGGUCGGAAGGACUGGCACUUAUGUUCUUAUUGAUAUGGUUCUUAAAAAAAUGAUCAAAGGAACGAAAGAAAUUGAUAUAGCAGCAACUCUAGAGCACAUACGAGACCAGCGGCCGGACAUGGUGAAGACAAAGGCUCAAUUUGAAUUCUGCCUUGCUGCUGUCGCAGAGGAGAUAACUGCUAUUCUGAGCUCAUUAUCAAAUUAGAUGUACAGAAAUAUGACUUGUAUGAGGGUUUAUUUAUGUAAAUUGUAGCUAUUUCCGUUAUUUUCCUCAUUUAUCUGAUAUACUGGCAGGCUAGAUCAGAAUCAUCUUUGUCUUAGUUUUAGUACUAUAAAUGGCAGCCUCAUCUCCCAACUCGAUAUGUUUUAUUUGCCUCCAUAAUUAUGCAAAUUCAAAGUUUUGCAUAUUUAGAAAAUAUUAUGGAAGGGAAGCUUUUAAUAUUAACUGAUUAAUCCAGUAGCGAUCAUUAAACCAAUCAAGAUAUCGUCUUGAUUUACUACAAUAUCUCUAACAUUUUCUCAAUAAAAGAUUCUCAAUAAUUAGAACAUGCCUAGGGUGCUUCGUUAUUCCUCUAGAGAAAAGGGUAAGAUGGGUAAGAAUAAGAGUAAUGGGAUUAAUCUAAUUUUUUUCUGAAAAUUUCGUUAAUUACCUCAUGUUUUUGCUUGUAGUGUAAGGCAAAGGCAGAUAUACCUAUGUAUGGUGUUUUGGUUUGUGGCAUCAAAAAUAAUUUCCCAGAAUAAAUUGCCUUUUUGCUUAUUCUUGUAUGCUUUCUGCAUCAUAUUAUUGAUGCUUAGUAUAUAUAGCCAAAUAUGUGUCGUUUUUUUGUUCAAAAGAUCCUGCCUCAAUCCGGUCUCUGUUGUAUUUAUCGUGAACAUUUUUUCCUGUGUGUGCCGGCUUAUUUAAUUAUAUGCAAUAUGACUGUGAUUCCAUUCCACUCUUCUUGUUCUUAGCAUAUGUUUUCAAUUUUUCUUUUUGAAGAUGAUCUAGCAAAUUGUAAGAUGUUUUAAGUUCAUUGCGAGUACAUUAUAAAUCGGUCAAUCCCUGUAAAGAGCUCAUUUUUGUCAAUUAUAAUUCAACAGCAUGGAACAA